UUCGCUAAUUAAUUUUUUAAAUUUGAAUAUUCAAAUUUUAUUUAUAUUUUUUUGAAUUCAGUAACGAACUAAUGAUAAAUAAAUAUUUUUAUUAUUGAUAUUAAUAUUAUUUUUAUUAUAAUUAUUAUUAUACUGGGAACAUAAAAGAAAUGAUGUAUUAACCCGCGUACUGAAGCCGGAUGUCGGAGGUUGCAGUGAUUCGAUUGAUUCGUUGAAGAGUGCCCGUGGCUACGACCGAACUUCCGAGUGCCGCUUUACCCCGGCUAAUAUUCGCGCUCCUUAUAAAUAAUUAUACUUUAUUUACAUGGUUACAAUAAUUAUAUUUAAUCAGUAUAAUUAACGCUUUAUAUAUAAAUACAUAAGUAGAUAAGCCGAUUAGUUGUGGAAAAUAAUUACAAAAAAUUAAUAAAUAUUUAUAAUAAUACAAACUUUUAGUGAAAGAUAAAUAAAAAAUUUAUAUUUUUAGUGAGGUGACGUGAUUGUUUGGUUCAUACAUUAAUUUAUAAUUAUUGGGGUACAUAUUAAAUAAUAAAAUCAAGAGAUGGAAUUUUAAUCUUUGAUAAUUUUUAUCGAGUCUCCAAUGAGUCUGGGCCGCCGCUUCUCCAUAUCAUCAAAAUAACAGUUUUACUUUAAAAACCGAUUCUCACAACGUCGCUGAUAACAUUAAUUAUAAAUAAAUAUUUAUAAAAAUGAUAGAAACAACGAAGAAUUUUAAAACGACCGACAACAAUGGUUGACAUACAAUUAAACGUUUUAUCAAACAUAAAUAUGUGAAAAAUUAUUUUAUUAAUAAUUAACAAUUAAAGUGCAUUUAAUUAUCUCAAAAAAAAUAUAUAUAUUUAUAUAUAUACCAAUAAUUAAUAAAUAGUGGAUUCAGUUAUAAUUUCAUUAAUAAAAGUGCGUGCGUCCAGAACGCUAAAAUAAUUGCUUUGAUGACGAGACGGACGAGAAAUUUUUAUAUUUUUUAGCUGAUUUACAACCCAAUUAAAUUAUAGUAUUCAAUUUUUUAAUAAUUAUUUCAUUUAAACCAACGAUAAUCUCACGUGAUUUGAGUGUCUAUUGUGUUUACAAAAUAAAAAUAAACAUUUAUUUAAUUAAUUUAUUAACUAAAGAUAUAAAAUUUUAAUUAUUUAAAAUAAUAAAUUGCCGCGCAAAAUGUUGUUUCUUAAAGUAUUGAAUAAUAGUUGAAUUUUUACUAAACACUAUUUAGUAUUUAGUAUAUUAAUAAAAAAAAAGUCAUCGCAGUAUCAUAUAGUGUAGGAUCCAAUUUAAGUACUGAUAGGGAUUCAAGUGCACUAAGUAGUGACGGUCUUCUAUUCCGAGACUUAAUAAACUUUAUACUGUGAAAAUUAAGACUUAAUUUUAAAAUAAAGUCGUAAACACGAUAAGUGAAGACAAAUUGAUAAAAGAUAAAGUUAAUUAAUAAAUAUAGUAAUGAAAUAAAUGAAAGGAAGAAGUACAAAACGAAAAAGAAGGAGAAGUGAAUAGUUGUAGUGACAAGUUGGAAGGAGGAUGAACGGCGGACAUGCCAUCUGAUCUAAGACAAGAUACAAUAAACGACCUGUCGUUGAACGUGACGAGAGCAUACUUACCUCUCGCCCUGAAACAAUGAGCUCCAUAGACUUUGAUGAGGUCUUGGUGCAUGUGGGUGAGAAGGGCCGAUAUCAAAAUAUCAUGUAUUAUUUGCUCUGUAUACCAGCUACACUACCAGCGGCUUUUCUGGCCUUUUCCCAGGUAUUUGUGAGUGCAUCACCUGAUCAUUGGUGCAGGAUACCAGAGUUAGAAAAUAUAACAAGUUUUAUGACACUAGACGAACGUAAAGCGUUAUCGUUACCGUACACCGUAAGGUCAGACGGCAGACGUCAGUACUCGAGGUGUCACAUGUACGACGUAAACUACACGUCUAUUAUAGAAGAAUGGUUGCACCAAGUUAAUUAUUUAGCCAACGACGGUAUUUCAACCGCUAAAUUUCCAACCCCCGUCAGUAGUGUCGACUGGCCGGUCACCAAGUGUCUGUACGGAUGGAAUUAUGAUCGGCGGGACUAUGACAGUACUCUUGUCACAGAGCUAGAUUUGGUAUGUGACAACAGUUGGCUGCCAUCCACAUCCACAACAUUCUUCUACGUUGGAAGUCUGUUUGGUAACGUUGUAUUUGGAUGGAUUGCUGACAAAUGGGGUAGAAGAACUGCAUUCUUUGCUAUACUAUUUCUAGAAGUUAUAUUUUCAAUUGCAACGAGUUUUAGUCCUAAUUAUGUUGUAUAUACAGCACUUAGAACUGUCAAUGGCCUAUUUUUUCCUGCCAUUUAUCAAAUACCAUUCAUUCUUGCAUUGGAAUUAAUGGGUCCAAGGUACAGAACAUUUGCAGGAAUGGUUAUUUGUAUGUUUUUUGCUACCGCCAUGUGUCUUCUUGCGUUGCUGGGAUAUCUUUUGCGAAAUUGGUUUUCGCUGUCUUUGGCAACGUCGGUACCUUUCAUUUUACUAUUUAGCUACUGGUGGAUAAUACCAGAAUCUCCACGAUGGCUUCUCAGUAAAAAUAGGAUAGAUGAAGCCGAAGUUAUUGUACAGCACAUGGCCCGUGUUAAUAGAAAAACAGUUCCAACAAAUUUUUUACGUAAAAUAGAGAUGGAAACUUUAAAAAAACGCGGAAUUUCGUGUAAUGGUAGAAAUUCAAGUGAAUUAUCAAUGGAGAUGCAAACAAACGAAGACAGGCCACCGCCACCAUCGGCAACACCAAUGGACAUCAUUAAAAAUCCAAAUAUACGUAAAAAAUUUUUCAUACUUGCAUUUGAUUGGGUUGCUAACGCCGUCGUUUAUAAUGGCCUUUCAUACAAUACGACAAAUCUUGGUGUCUCUGACUACCUCGCAUUCUUCAUCGGUGGUAUUGUUGAAAUACCUUCGUAUGUUAUUACAUGGUAUGCCAUGGAUAGACUGGGAAGACGAUGGGUUUUAUGUCUUACAAUGCUGCUUGGUGGAGUUGCAUGUGUGUCUUGUAUGUUUGUACCCGAAGAUGCAGUAUGGGUAACAGUAUCAUUAGCAAUGAUUGGUAAAUUUGGUAUAGCAGCAUCAUUUGCUGUAUUUUAUGUAUUUGUUGGUGAAUUAUUACCAACAGUAUUACGUUCUCAAGCAAUGGGAAUCGCCUCAUUUAUUGCUGGAAUUGGUUUACUAACAUUUCCGUACAUAGUACAUUUAGCAGUAUACUCAAGAGUUUUACCACUUAUUGUAAUGGGUUCACUGAGUGUCGCCGGUGCACUUACGUCUGUUUUUUUACCGGAAACUCUCAAUAUACAUUUACCACAAACAAUCGAGGAAGGUGAACGAUUUGGAGCUGAUUUUAAAUUAUGGUCUUGUCCAACAUUACCCAAAAGUUCAUCUUCGAGUAAACGAAGAAGACCAUCUUUAUCAUUAAGAUAUUUAGUUAAUGGUCGACCGGGAAACCGUAGAAGGUCGAGUGUAAAAAUAACGUCCGAGACAACUGGACAACAACAACAACAACAACAACUACAACAGCAAGAAACUGGUGAAAAAACAGCCCGUGUAUUAAUAGACGCGAGUGACGAUGAACUUGAGCACUUAAAUGCUGCCGAUAAAACUAUAAAAGAAUUUAGAAAUAGUAACGAAAUAGACGAGGAAGGCGAUGAAGAGGAUGAAGAAGAACGCGCUGAAAUAGUUGUUGAAGUGUCGCGAUAAUCAACGUGAUUGAUAUUAAUUAUAAUAUUGAUAUUAAUAUAUAAAUAAUUAUUAUUAUGAUUAUGAUGAUGAUACUGAUGAUGAUGAUGCUGGUGAUUGUGUGUUAAAUUAUUAUAAUAAGUUUGUAUUAUAAUAUCUGUAUAGGCACGCAUUGUAUUUAUUUUUUCCAAUCAUUAUAAUGUACUUCCUUUAUAAUUUUACUUUUUUCUUUUAUCAUUUUAUUUUUAUUUACAGUC